AUGGAAAUAUGCCAAGCUUGCCUGAGAACGGGGGAGUAUGUAAAUCCCAUGACAGCACAAGAUCUAAAAUAUUACCGGUUAUUUAUAACAAAGGUUGAAGAUCCUUUAAAUAUUAUAUACAUAUGCAUAUAUUGUAGGAGUUUAUUAAGAAAGAUAGUGAAGUUUAUAGAACAAUGCCAGACUGCUGACCUUUGGUUUCAAGAUGCUAUAAAUAAGGUUAACGAAACUCCCAUAACGCUUAAUAAUUUAUCUAAAUCGUCUAUUACAUAUAAUUAUUUGGGGCCACAAAUGCAAAUUGAUGUUAAAUUAGAAGAUGUAAAAUCUGAUGUUUUAGAUGAAGAUGACAUACCCUUAGUAUUAUUAAAUGAAAAUCAUGAUUACGAUAAUAGUAGCUAUUUUGAAUGUGAAGACAGAUUGGAAAGUCCGUCUAGCAAAGAAAGUAUUGUGAAAGAUGAAUCCUUACAAAUUGCACAGAUAAAGAAAAGUGUAAGAAAAAAAACUAAAAAGAAAGUAGUCAAAGAAGGUUUUUCAUCAAGAAUGGUCACCGAAACAAAUGAGUAUACUGUUAUUAAGCUCAAAAAGGAACAGAUUUUAGAAGAAAUGCAGCAAUAUGCGAACAGUGAGAGAUAUAAAAUGUUACCAUAUAAAUGUGAAAAGUGUGUGAAGGGAUUUAAUUUUGAGGAUGUAUUGCAAAGUCAUAUGGAAAAGCAUUCUGUGAAAAAUGGACCUUUCCAAUGCGAGCUAUGCGAACAAUACUGCCCAAGCAAAGUGUCUUUGAGGGGGCACAUGAAGUCCCAUUCUUCUAGAUAUAAAUGCAAACUCUGUAAUAUAAUACGGCUUUCACGUCAACACAUUCUCGAGCACUACUCGCUCGAGCACGCGGCGGCGCCCGCCGUGUACUCGUGUCCUACCUGCGAGUAUACCACUAACAAACGUACAGCGAUGCAACGACACGUGCGAGUGCAUUCUUCUAACGAACCUCUAAAAUGUCACAUAUGUGGGAAGUAUUACAAAAGUAAGGACUCCCUACGGAUUCAUAUUAUGCGGCACGACGACAAGAAGCUGCACCAGUGCUCGGCGUGCUCGAGCUCGUUCGUGUACGCGGCGCAGCUGCGGCGCCACGCGCUCGCCGUGCACGUGCGCGCCGACUUCUACUGCGUCGAGUGCGACGUCGUCUUCAAGUCCAGGGAUAAUUUGAAACGUCACUUACAACGUGCAAAGAAACAUCGGGAUUCAUCUGCGUACAAACACCAAUGCACACAAUGCGAGCAGCGCUUCGUAUCUUCGUCGUCGCUGGCGUCGCACGGCGCGCGCGCGCACGGCGGCGCGCGGCCCGAGGCGUGCGCGCACUGCGGCCGCCGCUACUGCAGCCGCGACGCGCUGCGCUGGCACGCCCGCAGUGCGCACGCGCCGCGCGCGCCGCGCGUGCCCUGCGCGCUCUGCGGGAGGACCUUCUCGCGUAAAUACGUGCUGCGUGUACACAUGCGGACGCACACGGGCGAGCGGCCGCACGCGUGCCACUGCGGCGCUGCCUUCACGCAGGCCUCCGCCUUGAGGGCUCAUGUCGCGGCCAAACACAAGUGUAAUAUUGUUUUCAAAUUAAUUAUUGUAUUUAAA